AUGGAGCUUUCAGAGGGCACAAGGAAACGAACCCGUUCAAGCGGUGGCGGAAGCUCGGCCGAUGGCCCAGACCGGCUGAGCGCUCUGCCGGACUGCCUCCUCCACAUCAUCAUGUCCUCCCUCAAGGCCCGACAGGCGGUGCAGACGUGUGUGCUUUCCACACGCUGGAGGCACCUGUGGCGCUCCGUGCCCUGUCUCGACGUCGACAUCGUUGAGUUCAGGACCAAGGCGGCGGCGCCUGCCUGCAGCAGCGGCGGCAGCAACACCAGCUCCGACUCUGAUGAUGAUGACAGCACCAACUCCGACUCGGACAACAACCAGGACAAGGGCGAAGGGUGGGACAAAUUCGAGGAUUUUGCCGUCAACCUCAUGCUCCGCUGUAAUAUCGCACUGUUGGAUUCAUUCCGGCUGGACAUUGAUAGGGGCAGGAGACCUCAGUCCUAUGGUUGCUCUGGCGGUGCAAGACAAGGCUGGGAAUACAGUGGCCGACAAGCAGCAGCAUGGAUCCGACGAUACUGCAACCCGCUGGCUAUCUCGGCCCCCAUGGUUGCCUAUCUACGCCUAGAUGUGGAUGCUGGCUGCUUCCAUAGAGGUAUUUUGGUAAACAAGACGAUGCCAUUCCUUGACAGGGCUUCGAUUCAUUUACGCCGACACAUAUACAGUUUAUCCAAAAGCAUAUCUGGAAGUAAACUUGGCGGGGAUCAAUCCAAGCUUGUUUGUAGUCUGUCUAACGUGACAAGUUUGGAGUUAUCAGGUGUUGGGACGACGGUGCUCGGUGAGGAACCCGCAUUCCAAGAAUUCCAGAAACUGAGGAACUUGCUGCUGGGCGACUCUGAUCUCAGUGAUGACUUCCGCAUAUUGCGAUUCUUUCAUCGGGGUUCGCCUAAUCUAGAGAAGAUCACUUUGCGGCACUGCAAGUUCCCAGGUGAUUCUGACGACAAGGAAGGAACACCCAAACUGGAGAAGACCUCAUCUUCUAGUUGCUGCUGGGGCCUGGACUUCCUACGUGAUGAGAACGUCAAGCUUGAAAUCAUACAUAAAGAUGACGAGGCCUGCCGAUCUGCUGACGAUCUAGAAAAUCUCAAAGGUACCACUGAUCCUGUUCCCGACGCCGCUGCUGCUGAAGAUCCGGUGCCUCAUUCAACUGGGGUAGGGCCUCGUCGGGGAACUCGGCACAGGAUGACUAGUGUGCGCAUCUCGGGACCGGAAUGGGAACGGCCUGUGUAA